GCUGAGUUUCUCUAGCUCUGUCAACUCCACCUGUCCCACUAUGAGUCGACAACUGAACAUCAAGUCUGGUGGUGACAAGGGUGACUUCAGUGGGUACUCAGCAGUGGUGCCAAGGAAGGCUGUGGGCAGUGUGGCUUCUUUCCGGUCAGUUGGUAAAGGGGCUGGGCCUGGCUUCAGCAGUCAGAGCCUUUACAAUCUAGGAGGGAAUCGGUGCAUUUCUCUCAGUGUGGCAGGUGGUGGUGUUCGAACUGGAGGUUACAGCUUUGGGCAUGGCUCUGGGCAUGGAGGGGGCCGGGCUACUGGCUUUACUGGCAACAUCUUUGGCAGUGUGGCUUUGAGACCUGUGUGCCCAUCAGUGUGCCCACCUAGAGGUAUACACCAGGUCACUGUAAACAAGAGCCUCUUAGUCCCUCUCAAUGUGGAGCUGGACCCUGAGAUUCAGAAAGUACGCAGCCAGGAGUGGGAACAAAUCAAGACCCUGAACAACAAGUUCGCCUCUUUCAUCGACAAGGUGAGGUUCUUGGAACAGCAGAACCAGGUUCUGGAGACCAAGUGGGAACUGCUGCAGCAGCUGGACCUGAAUAACUGCAAGAAGAACCUGGAACCCCUCUUUGAGGGCUACAUAGGCAACCUGCGGAAGCAGCUAGAGACACUGUCUGGGGAUAGGGUGAGGCUGGACUCAGAGCUGAGGAACAUGCGAGACCUGGUGGAGGACUACAAGAAGAGAUAUGAGGUGGAGAUUAAUAAGCACACAGCAGCUGAGAAUGAGUUUGUGGCACUAAAGAAGGAUGCAGAUGCAGCCUACACAGUCAAAGUGGAACUUCAGGCCAAAGUUGACUCUCUGGACAAAGAUAUCAAGUUCCUCAAGUGUCUGUACAAUGCGGAGAUUGCCCAGAUCCAGACACAUGUCAGUGAGACUUCCAUCAUCCUGUCCAUGGACAACAAUCGGGACCUGGACCUGGACAGUAUCAUCACCGAGGUUCGCACCCACUAUGAGGAGAUUGCCCUGAAGAGCAAGGCUGAGGCUGAGGCUUUGUACCAGAGCAAGAUCCAGGAGCUGCAACAGGUGGCCAGCCAACAUGGUGAUGACCUCAAAAACACCAAGAAUGAGAUGUUAGAGCUGAACCGGCUCAUCCAAAGGAUUCGGUGUGAGAUUGGGAAUCUGAAGAAGCAGUGCUCCAACCUGGAGACGGCCAUCGCUGAUGCUGAGCAGCGAGGGGACAAUGCCUUGAAGGAUGCCCGAGCCAAGAUGGAUGAACUGGAGGCUGCCUUGCACCAGGCCAAGGAGGAGCUGGCCAGGAUGUUGCGUGAGUACCAGGAGCUCAUGAGCCUGAAGCUGGCCCUGGACAUGGAGAUCGCCACCUACCGCAAGCUAUUGGAAGGGGAGGAAUGCCGGAUGUCUGGAGAGAACCCAUCCUCCGUGAGCAUCUCUGUCAUCAGUAGCAGCAGUGGAAGCAGCUACGGCUACCACCCCAAGUCUGUGAGUGCCAACCUUGGGGCCAGCAGUGUGGCCAGCAGCUCCAGCAGUGCCCAAGGUGGGGACGCUAAGGCCAAAGGAACCCGAGUGGGGGACCUCAAGGACUCCCAAGGCAAGAGCACCCCAGUAGGCACCCCAGCCUGGAAAACCACCAGAUAA